UUUAAUUUUUUCUCGAGUUUCGGUAUUUUUUUAUUGAUUUUCUAACACUGUAAACUUUUAUAUGUCAAAAUAAUAAAAAAUAUUUCUGAUUUUAGUUAAAUUUAAUAAGAAUUUCUAUAAUAGUUUUGGAAAAUGAAUUUCGAAACACGCGUUAAAUACGAUAGCGAGUCGAAUAUUAAGCGAGCUCUCAAAUCAAUCUCCAUCUAUUGCGUAUUCAUUGUAAUGACCACAGUGGUUGCCGUCUCUGCCCGCCACCAUUACAUGUACUUUUUCAAUAAUGCCAUCAAACGGCACUUCGUGAUCUACGAACGACACGUUACAUACAAUGAAUGGUGGUCGGCAUUGGCGGAAGUUUAUGUGCCGUUGGUGCUGGAUACAGGAAACGGUCUAUCGUCUAAUAACAACGACAACAGCAACAAUACCACCGACAAUCGGAGCACUAAACGAAGUGCAGCACAUGGCACUGAAGAAGAGAUCAAGAUCUUGCAGGAGAACACACUCCUCGGAACACCACGUAUGCGUCAAAUACGUGUUGACCAAAGCGAUUGUGUGGGUCCAAAAAGUUUGGUAAAACAUUUUCACAACAUAUGUUAUCCAGAAUAUUCGUAUUUGGUACAGAAAACAAGCGGUGAACAUAUUGGUACGGAAUUUCGUUCCUCAGCUGAAUUGGGUACAAUGCCGUUAACCGGUCGCAUGCACACCUAUUACGGUGGUGGUUUUGUACAGAGCUUGGAUCGUAAUUUGGACGAGUCGCUCUCGCUGAUUGACUCUUUGGCUCAACUCGAAUGGUUGGAUCGUGGCACACGUUUAAUGAUUUUCGAAUUUACGCUUUUCAAUCGGAAUACGGAUUUAUUUAACAAUGUGAAAAUCAUUGGCGAAGUACCCGAAACGGGUGGUGUCAUACUCUAUUUACGUGUACAAACUGUACAGAAGCACGCCGUCUGGACGGGUAGUAUUUGGAUAAUACUUUCAGCAAUUGUUUUUUAUCUAAUGGCGCUAUAUUACUUGGUUGGAGAAAUCUUGGAAUUAAAGAGGCGUGGACGAAAGGCGUAUUUCAAGAAUUUCUGGAACUUAGUGGAUAUAAAUAUAUUGUUGCUCGUUUUCAUUUCUUUUAGUUAUAAUAUCUUCCAUCCGGUUUAUUUGCAUUAUUAUAUGAAGGAAGCUCUUGUCAAACAUACUGAAUAUCAUAGUUUGGAUUUGAUUUGUUGGUUAAAUACACAUUAUAUGAAUUUAGUUGCCGUCUUGGCGUUUUUGGUGUGGUUUAAAAUUUUUCAAUUUUUCACAUUCAAUAAAACAUCGCUGCAGCUGAAUGCGACUUUUGUGAAGUGCUAUCGCGAUCUACUCAGUUUCGUUCUCAUUUUUAUCAUACUCUUCUUCUCAUAUGCUAUCCUCGGCAUGUUACUCUUCGGCCAUACGCAUGAGGACUUUUUCGUGUUCCCCAUUGCCUUUUGGAGCGUAAUGCGCAUGGUUCUAAGCGAUUUCGAUUAUGUAGGCGUCGAGCAGGCAAAUCGCGUGCUGGGCCCAAUAUACUUUUUCUCUUUCAUACUGAUUGUAUAUUUCAUACUAAUUAAUAUGUUUCUUGCCAUUAUUUUCGAUACUUUUCACGAUAUAAAAAAGUAUGAAAUACCGUCCGAGCAUAAGCAGCUUCCACAAUUUUUCCGAAAAUAUUGGGACAAAAGUCGUGAUGGUGGCCGGCGUGCGCUGAAUGCGAUUGGACUGUGUAAGCGGGGUAAGCAAACGCGGAAAAAUAUCGAGCCUGUGCGUGAAAUGCAAAGCGAUAAUGAGCCACCAUUUCCACCUGUACCGAAGCCAGAGAAGAAGGUGAGAGUUUCAAAAAAGGAGCUACUGCGAGACUAUUUCGAGACAGUAGAAAAUAAAGAAGAUGCCGUGCAAAUUGAACGGCUCACAAAACAUAUUAACGCUCUGGAGGGGCUUUUGGCUAAAAUGAGCGAUGACAUUAAACGUUUGGAGGCUGAAACUUCAGAUCCGAGCACACGCCCAGAGCCACCAACACAGCCUAAGGCACCACCACGUCUGAAGGUCUUCAUAAAUCGCAAAAAGUAACUUUGUUCAGUACUUUUUGAUUUUGAAAUGGUAUUAUUUGAUUCUUGAAAACAAAAUAAAAGCAGUUACAAUUAAAACGUGAAUACUAGAAUCACAGAAAA